AUGGAAUCGAAACUUAAUGAAUUUGAAAUUUUAAAUAAAUUAGGAGAGGGUAGUUUUGGAUAAGUUUAUAAAGUAAGACGUAAAGUUGAUAAAUAAACAUAUGUAAUGAAAUAAAUAAACAUUUCAAAAAUGAAUUAAAGAUUGAAAAAUGAAGCUUUGAAUGAAGCAAGUAUUUUAUCAAAAUUAGACAGUUCUUAUAUUGUGAAAUAUUAUGAAUCAUUUAUAGAUAAGUAAUUGUUAUGUAUAGUAAUGGAAUUUUGUGAAGGUGGAGAUUUACAUAAAUUACUAAAAAUGUAAAUGGGAAGACCAUUAUCAGAAAAUUAAGUAUGGAAAUUUUUGAUUUAAACAACAUUAGGAUUAGCAUAUCUUCAUAAAAAUAAAGUUUUGCAUCGAGAUAUAAAGUCAAUGAAUAUAUUUUUAUCAAAAGAUUAAGUUCGUAUUGGAGAUUUGGGAGUAGCAAAACUAUUAAAUGAUUAAAAUAACUUUGCUAAAACUAUGGUAGGAACUCCUUAUUACUUAUCCCCAGAAAUGUGUGAAGAGAAACCUUAUAAUGAAAAGAGUGAUAUUUGGGCAUUAGGAUGUGUAAUUUAUGAACUCUGUACUUUUAAACAUCCAUUUGAAGCUAAUAGUUAAGGAGCACUAGUUUUGAAAAUUAUUAAAGGUAAAUAUGAACCAAUUGGAUAAAUGUAUUCUUAAGGAUUAGCAUAAUUGAUUGAUUAAUGUUUAUAAACUAAUUACAAUUAAAGACCUGAUGCGUUUUAACUUUUACAAAAAUCAAGUAAUUAUAACUAUCACAUUAGACAGGUCUUAUUUUAUAAGCAUAAAACUUAAGAAUUUAAUUAAAUUUAAAUUAACCUCAUCCAAAUUCUAAACAACUUUAAUCAAAUGCAAUCAUUCAAACUCCUCUUAUACCAAAACCUAAGGAAAUUGUCUAAACUUCUUCUUUUGUUACUCCUAUUCCUGUUUCAAUUAAAAGUACUCCUUAAAGUAAACCUUUUAAAGCUAAAGUUCCUCAAUCCUCUUAGAAUUAACAAAUUGAAGUAAAAGCUAAAUAAGAACCUGUUAAAGAUACUCCCAUUUAAUAAAAGAAAAUAGUAUAAAUUCCACCUCCAUCUGUUCCAUAACAAAUUUAAGGUUAAAAAACGGAUGAUUUUUAUAAAGAUUGGAGGGAUAAAGUAAAUGAAUUACAAAAAUAAAAAUAAGAUGAUCGAAUUAUAGUUUCUAAACCUGAAUUAUUAUUAAAAGCAGAAUUUUAACCAGUUACUUCUCCUAUUAUUUCAUCUUAAUCUAAUUAACAAAUUAAUAAUUUUUCAAGUCAAUAAGUUUAACCUACAAAAAAACCUAUUGUUUAAAUUAAAGCUAAGGUUUCUAAUUCUAAUAUUGAAGAAACUGAUAAAAAAAGAGUUGGAAAAGGAGCACCUAAAGAAUCUGCUAGAUAAGUUAAAGAACCUUUAAGAAAAACCGAUAAAAUUGAUGUAGCUAAAGAUAUUACUACAAAAUAAAAUAAAUAAUAAUCUUGUUCAAAAGAAGAAGUUGAUAUGGUAGUCAAUUUACCUGAGUUUGUUUAUAAAGAAGAAAAGAAUUUAAAAGUAAUUCAACCAGAAAGAGAGAUCAUAGAUAUUACUUCAUUUGUAGAUGAAAUUCCAACAACAAACAAUGAAUCAUAAGUAGAUAUGGAAUAUAAUCAUGUUUAAGNAUAAUGAAAAGAGUGAUAUUUGGGCAUUAGGAUGUGUAAUUUAUGAACUCUGUACUUUUAAACAUCCAUUUGAAGCUAAUAGUUAAGGAGCACUAGUUUUGAAAAUUAUUAAAGGUAAAUAUGAACCAAUUGGAUAAAUGUAUUCUUAAGGAUUAGCAUAAUUGAUUGAUUAAUGUUUAUAAACUAAUUACAAUUAAAGACCUGAUGCGUUUUAACUUUUACAAAAAUCAAGUAAUUAUAACUAUCACAUUAGACAGGUCUUAUUUUAUAAGCAUAAAACUUAAGAAUUUAAUUAAAUUUAAAUUAACCUCAUCCAAAUUCUAAACAACUUUAAUCAAAUGCAAUCAUUCAAACUCCUCUUAUACCAAAACCUAAGGAAAUUGUCUAAACUUCUUCUUUUGUUACUCCUAUUCCUGUUUCAAUUAAAAGUACUCCUUAAAGUAAACCUUUUAAAGCUAAAGUUCCUCAAUCCUCUUAGAAUUAACAAAUUGAAGUAAAAGCUAAAUAAGAACCUGUUAAAGAUACUCCCAUUUAAUAAAAGAAAAUAGUAUAAAUUCCACCUCCAUCUGUUCCAUAACAAAUUUAAGGUUAAAAAACGGAUGAUUUUUAUAAAGAUUGGAGGGAUAAAGUAAAUGAAUUACAAAAAUAAAAAUAAGAUGAUCGAAUUAUAGUUUCUAAACCUGAAUUAUUAUUAAAAGCAGAAUUUUAACCAGUUACUUCUCCUAUUAUUUCAUCUUAAUCUAAUUAACAAAUUAAUAAUUUUUCAAGUCAAUAAGUUUAACCUACAAAAAAACCUAUUGUUUAAAUUAAAGCUAAGGUUUCUAAUUCUAAUAUUGAAGAAACUGAUAAAAAAAGAGUUGGAAAAGGAGCACCUAAAGAAUCUGCUAGAUAAGUUAAAGAACCUUUAAGAAAAACCGAUAAAAUUGAUGUAGCUAAAGAUAUUACUACAAAAUAAAAUAAAUAAUAAUCUUGUUCAAAAGAAGAAGUUGAUAUGGUAGUCAAUUUACCUGAGUUUGUUUAUAAAGAAGAAAAGAAUUUAAAAGUAAUUCAACCAGAAAGAGAGAUCAUAGAUAUUACUUCAUUUGUAGAUGAAAUUCCAACAACAAACAAUGAAUCAUAAGUAGAUAUGGAAUAUAAUCAUGUUUAAGUACAAUUUAAAUCUGAAUUUAAUACUAUAGAAAAAUAGAAUCUUCAAAAAAAGUAUGACAAUUAAUAGGAUUCAGAUAAAGGAGUAAUAUUUUUAUUAUUUAAAUCUCUAGGCAUACACUGACCCUGAUGAUUUUGAAGAUCAAAAUGAUGAAUAAGGAAAAGAUGACACUGCUGAUUAUGGAUAUGAAUAACCUAUUUAAAAUAGGGAUAUUCACACUAUCCAAGAAGAAACUUUUGAAGAUACAAAUCAAGGAAAUCAAUUCAUUGAAUUAUCUAUUGAUUAUAAGAAAAUGGAUCUUAAUAAAUAAUUGUUAGAGGCUGAAAAAAGAAAAAUGGAAUUAGAAUAGUUCUUAUUAAUUAAACAAAAAGAAUGCAUUCAAGAUUUAGGAUAAAAACUAUUUGAAGAAGUUAUCAAUUUCUUAAGAGCUAAAUUAAAUGUAAAUUUAUAUUUUAUAUAUAUUCUUAGUCUCCAGAAGAAUUGAACGACAAAGAUUAAAAUGAAAUCGAUGACUUGAUCCAAAAUAAAUUACUUAAUACAAAGAAUCCUUCAAUCAUUUAUGUAAUCUAUAAAAUCUUACAUUUCGAAAUUGAAAUCAGUAAAAGUGUUGAUAAAAUUAAAGAUUUGUCUGAAUAAUUAAUUAAUCUAUGA